CAGCCAUGGCGGAGGCAGCAGCGGAGGCGGCUGCCGCCCCCGGCGAGCCCCACGCGGAGGCGGAACAGCAGCAGCAGCAGCAGCAGGGGUCGCGCGGCGCCCGCCUGCGCCGCCUCUGCUGGCUGCUGGGGGUGUUGCUCGUCGGCCUGCUGCUCGUCGUCUCGCCCCGCUUCCUCCAGGACCUCGACCUCAGGGCCGGCUUCAGCCGCGACGAGGUCCGCGACGCCGGCGACUGCAGAAAGGAGGACGACUGCUCGGGGAGGAACAACUCGUCGCGGGUGUGCAAACGCGAUCAGUGCCUGAUGGCGGCGAGUCGGCUGCGGACGAUGCUGAACGCGGCCGCGGAUCCGUGCGAAGACUUUUACGAGUUCGCGUGCGGCAGGUGGAGCGAGCAGAACGCCAAAAUCGCGCCCAGCUUCAACACGCUGCAGAAACACGUCAACCUCGAGAUCCAGAUGCUCCUUUCACGGGAAUCGAAGCUGAAAAGAGAGCCGUUCAGGAAACUGGGAGAAUUUUACGGCAGCUGCGUCGCGGCAAAAGGGAGCAGCGGCGGAGACGACAAAAUGUUCGGCCUGCUGGAGGAGUUGGGCGGUUUCGCGAGUCGCGGCGAGUCGAGCCGCGCCAACCUGACGCGGCUGAUCGCGCGGUUGCUCAGGGUGAACGGGGCGCCCCUUUUCGACGUGUACGUCGACGAGGACGUGAACCGCAGGUCGCGACUCGCCAUCUACAUCGACCUGCCGCAAAAGGCCAACGUCUUCCUCAAACUGCUCAGACACGACCCCGUCGUGCAGUGGUGGCAGAAAAUUGUGGCGGCCGGCGACACCCCUCGCAGGGCCACGCGCAACGAACACGCCCGCAGCAAUAAAGCCUUCAACUACAUGAAAGCGACGGCGGAGGAGAAGAAGCUGGUGCAGGCGGAGCGGUUGGCGCAGCACUUGGUGCCGGCGACGGUGGCCGACGCGACCAGAGCGUCGGAAGUGCAGCAGAUUUUGCUCUUUGUCUCCAUGUUGACAAAGAGUCUGCCGGGCGAGAAGGAGAUGCUGGGCCGGAUGCAGACGCGCCAGUCGCUGCCCCCGAUCGCCAUCGCCGACCUGCAGCGCCGCUUCGACGCGAUCGACUGGAAGCUGCUGAUGCUGGACGUGUUCGCGCUCAACGUGUCCGACCACGACUUCGCCUACGUGCUCGCCCCGCACUACAUGCGCAGGCUCUUCAGCCUGAUCAACCGCUUCGAUAAGAGCGUGUUGCACAACAGCCUGCUGGUGCUGUUCGCGCGCGACUCGCUGCUCGAGCUGGUGAACACGAGCGCGGUCGGAAGCUGGGACGGCUACUGCACCCGCAUCACCACAAACGUCUUUACCGGCGCCGUCAGUGCGCUCUACGUGCGCCAGUACUCGCAACACUUCCUCCUCGAGCUGCAGACCAGGGUGCAAGAACUGUUCGACCAACUGAAGCACGCGCUCGGAGGGCGAAUCGCGAGUUCGCUGUGGCUGGACGAGGAGUCGCGGGCGGCCGCCGCGGCCAAGCUGCGCACCCUGAGCGGCCACUUUUUCACGUGGCCGCACUUUUGGAACGAGUCGUACGUGGCGUCGGCCAUGAGCGAGGCGAGCGAACAUUUUAAAUUACCAAAAAAUUCGGGCAAAAUUGGAAAAUUAAUGUUUGCUACGCAGAUCGACGUGCGGGAAGACGACUUUUUCUGGAACGUGGUUCGCCGCUACCAGCAGCUCAGGGCGUUCAACGGCACUCUGGACGAGGCCGAUUCCUACGAGAAAAAGUGGGCGUACCCUUUUGUGGUGAACGCGUUUUACGAGCAGCGGAUCAACAGCAUUGUGAUUCCGCUGGCCGUGCUGACCGAGCCGUACUUCCAGCAGGACAUGCCGCGCUACAUCCCCUACGGCAAGAUGGGUCUCAUUUUCACGCACGAAAUUCUGCACGCGUUCGACCUGCUCGGGGUGCAAUUCGACGAGCGGGGCGAAAAGCGGCCGUGGCUCUCGGAACAGGCCAAGGCGGCGUUCGAGGAGCGCCUCGAGUGCGUCGCCGACCAGUACAAAAGCACCUUCAUCAAGAAGGUCCCCUUCAUGGGCAGCCAGAUUGAUGUCGAGUUCGACUGGAACAUCACAAUUAACGAAAACAUGGCAGACAUCAGCGGCCUGCACAUCGCGUACGAGGCGUGGCGACGCGAGCAGCUGCACCUCGGCUUUUCCGACCCGACGCUGCCCAACGUCGACUUGAAAAAGGAGCAGCUCUUUUUCGUCAGCGCCGCUCAGACCUACUGCUCCAACCUCAGCGCCGAGGAUUACAUUUUGCUGGUCGAACUCGAUUUCCACACGCCCUUCCCCGAAAGGGUGAACGGGAUCAUGAUGAACUCUGCGGAAUUCGCGUCGGCAUUCCAGUGUCCUUUGGGCUCGCCGAUGAAUCCCGAGCGCAAAUGCUUCCUUUGGUAGAAUUAAACUUGGCGAGCUCAAAACUACUUUUACACGUAAGAGGAGAAGCGUCCGCAAAAUCUAGUCUCUGCUGUAGUUGCGUCGCUGCAAACACAAGAUGAUAAUUAUUAUUGUUAUUACGUGCGCGCAGCUCAUCUCCCUCCCUAUCUUUCUCUCUAAUUAAGCGCGCACGUGCGUUGUUGGAGUUUCUUGCGCUGGCUUUUCGCUGCAGAAACGAAUUAAUUCUGUUAAAUGCGCGAGCGAACCAUUUUUGAAUCAAGCUUUAAGAUGAGGAGUGUUUUGAGCCAAAACUGUACAUAUAGCGAGUGCGUGUGUGAAUUGUUAAUAAAUCUGAGAAAGUAUUGUUGCACGGGAAUUUCAAAAGUUUCAAACAAUUUACAAAAAUUUCUCAUUUAAAUUUUCAAGAUUUUUUUAUUUAAUGGAUUCAAUUCAAGCGGAGUUGCUAUCUCAUAAUUUUUAAUUUAUGGUCAUAUUUUUCUUACUUUUUAAAUUUAAAACUAGAAAAUUUUGCGAUAAAUCUGCUCCUGAUGAAGCUACGGCAAGAUUCUGGGUACCAAAAUGUUCCUCUUGAUAUGCUCUUUCAAACCAUUUGUCACACUCGCGAAAUUUAAAAUGGUCAAAGGUCACUAUGGUCAAUGACCUUGUGUGACCUGGUCACUACAUGGUCUGAAUGAAAAAGUCAAGGGAAUCACUUUUUGUUAUCAUACAUUUUGUCCAAAAUUAAACAGAAAAAAGUUACUGAGGCACAAAUUUAAUCCUCCAGGGCUCGGAAAACCACGUUUUUUGCUUUUCGUAUUUUUGAAUUAAAAUUAUUUUAAUUCAUACUACAUUUUUUUAAGAACGAAUAUCAUAUAAAAUUUUCUGUUCUUCAAAAUGGCUAUCUCAGAAUUUUAUGUUGCGAAAAAUUGUCAAAUUUUAGGUCAAAGUUUUCAGAAAUUACCAGAUUUAAAGUAAGAAAAUAAUUAAUUUUGAUUUUUGAAAGAAUUUUUUCUUUCUUGAAACAACCGCAAAGGUUCAAAAUAUUGAAUUAGGUCAGAACCUUUGUAUAAUCAGUGUAAUUUUGAAUGCAUUUAAAAAGUAUUGUUGAAACGAGCACCGUCAUCUGUUUAAUUCUGCAUUGAAAUUAAGUAACAAUCCCGUUGGCCAAGGACGCAUUAGCGCUUCUUACGAGAUCGAAUAAAAUGGAAAGACAAGAGAGCAAAUGACGCGCACGGACUGCCGAUUCCAUUACGUGGAAAAAAACUUGUACUUUCUCCGUCUCAUUGUUAAUCGGCCACUUAAAAAGCUGCACCGUUUUGUCCGCGCGUCUCUCUCGAAGCGUGCCGAAUUUUUUUGUCUCGCGAACCGGAAUUUUCUUGUCCGGCGCGACGUUAUGGAUUUCACCAAAACUAGGAAAUGACUUUCUUCAAUCAGAUGGUUUUUUUUCGUCGCCAUUGCUCCUCUCUUUUGUGAAGAACGCGAUUCAAUUACAAUUACGGGUCGCAAUCAAGGAAAAAUGAUUUGGCUGCGGGGCUGUCAAAGUGGACGCGAGAGAAAGAAGAAAGAAAGAAAGAUGAGUUGGUGCUGCAGUCGUAAAGUAUAAAAAGCAUGUAUAUUACUUUUCAUUGCUCGGCGCGGUUUUACGACUUGCAGAGAGCGAGCGAGCGACCGUUUAUUCGCCAAAGAAGCGAAUUAUUCAAAGCGUUUCAUAUCAUUUUUAGGGCGGCUGCAAACACUUGCGAGAUUACAUUGAAACUUUUCACAGUUAUGCAAGAAGCAGGAAAACUAUUUUCUUUCUUUGUUCUCACAGAAGUAAAAUAUUUACACAAAAGUAAUUCAAAGUUUAAAUUCCUCUUCAGCGAUAACAACUAGAUUUUCUUACAACGUCACUCAUUUACUAAGAUGCAUUCAGCAAAUUAAAACAAUUAUUACAUAUCAAUGAUAUAUCAAAUAAAAAUUGAAUUUUAUGUAAUCUUCAAUUCAAAAUAGCAAUAUUUUUUUAAUAGCGAAAGUUAUGUUUGGAUUGAUUAAAAAGAAUGCAGGACAUUUUGGUGAUUAAAAGUGAUCA